AUGGCUGAAGUUGCUAAGAUUGAAAAAACAAAAGAAAAUGAAGAUGUUCUUGCUCAAGCUAAACCAGGAGAUAUGAUUGAAUUUAUUCGAAGUAGUUAUAGUCAUUGGGCUAUUUAUGCUGGUAAUGGUUUUGUAAUUCAUCGAUGGGGUGAUAAUGAUGGUAUUGGAAAAUCAGUUGGUUUUUGGGGAAAUUUUUUAACAUUUUCUGGUACACAAUUUGAUAAAGCAACAAUUCUUCAAUCAAACGUAACAGAUGUUCUUAAUUUGGGUGGUAAAGUUCGAAUCAAUAAUUAUCUUGAUAACAAAUACCAGCCAUUACCUUCUGAAGUUAUUCUUGAUAAAGCACGUCGUGCUCUCAAUCAAGAAGGUUAUAAUUUAGUGUAUAGUAAUUGUGAACAUUUUGCAACAGAAUGUCGUUAUGGUCAACCAAAUAGUCGUCAAGUUCAGAUUGCAGUUGGAGCUUCAGCUGCACUUGGAGUGAUGGUAACAGCCGCAGCAGCAUGUGAUAGAAUGGCUUUUCAUGAUGAAGUUGAAAUAGAAGAUUUUGAAUAUGAUGAUGAAUCUGAAACUUACUAUUGGCCAUGUCCAUGCGGUGAUAGAUUUCAAAUUACAAAGGAAGAACUAGAAAGUGGUGAAGAUACUGCACGAUGUCCUAGUUGUUCACUUAUUGUUCGUGUUAUCUAUGAUAAAGAUGCUUUUAUGGAGAAAACAUCGAAUUUAAAGCAGAAAACGUCACCAGCGAUGGAAAAAAUAGUGUGA